AUGGACAUUGAAGAAGUUGAAAAUGAAGGCAAAAAGAACAAAACAAGGACUCUUGAGAGGGCCCACGACUACGUGAAGCAAAUCUCAAAUGAAAGGGUGAUUAACGGAAUCAUACGAUCUGUGACCAAGCCAUCGUAUGCACUAAAACAAGGCAUUGGGAGCUUACGAGCAGAUUAUGGGAGCUUACGAUCCGUAAAUCGGAGGAGAUUACAGUAUUUACUUCGCAGGCUUGUGCGGCAACACAAUUGGAAAGAAGCGAGUGGUGUGCUGAGCGUGCUUUUGAAAGGCACCGUUAGUGAAAAGUCUGUUUCCAAGAACCGGACUAAGUAUUGGGCUGCAAUGGAGCUUCGCAGGCAUAUAACAGGUGACAAUGUUAACUCUAGAAAGAUCCACCACUUACACGAAAUGUGGAUGAAAAAGAUUGGAUCAACGACAGGAUCGCUACAGAAGGUAUAA